AUGGCAAACGACGCAAAAGAUCAGUCGCUGGGUGCGACGGAGCAACCGCUCUCCAAGCCCGCCCACAGCCUCUCAUACGAAGACGUCCUCCGGGAACUUUCCGUCAAUUCGGAGGAAGGUCUGACGAAUGCUGAAGUGAAACAACGUCUGAGCAAGUAUGGUCCGAAUGAAUUGGAAGGCGGCGAAGGCGUUUCAAUGGUGAAAAUCAUCAUCCGACAGAUUGCCAAUGCAAUGAUGCUGGUUCUCAUCAUUGCCAUGGCCGUUAGUUUUGGCAUUGAAUCGUGGAUUGAAGGUGGUGUCAUUGCCGCCGUCAUUGGUCUGAACAUCGUGGUAGGUGUAUACCAGGAUUAUGCGGCGGAGAAAACCAUGGAUUCCUUGCGGAACCUGAGUUCCCCCACUGGAGUGGCCACGCGAGACGGUAAAACGGCCACGGUGCCCGCUACGGAAAUUGUUCCCGGCGACAUGAUUGAACUCAAAGUGGGCGACACGGUUCCCGCCGACGUCAGACUUGUCGACGCCAUGAACUUUGAAACCGAUGAGGCCCUGUUGACCGGAGAGUCUCUGCCCGUGCAGAAAGAAGUUGACUCCGUAUUUGACGACGACACCGGUCCCGGUGACCGCCUGAACAUCGCAUACAGCUCAUCCACGGUCACACGAGGCCGUGCCCGUGGCGUGGUCGUCGGCACCGGAAUGAGAACCGAAAUUGGAGCGAUCGCGGCGGCGCUCCAUGCCAGCGACUCCAGGAAACGACCAGUGAAGCGCGGUCCCCAGGGCGAAACUAAGAAGCGUUGGUACGUGCAGGCCUGGACCCUGACCUGCACAGAUGCCGUCGGACGGUUUUUGGGUAUCAACGUCGGAACGCCUCUGCAGCGCAAACUCUCGAAACUGGCACUGCUGCUCUUUGCCAUCGCCGUUGUUCUCGCCAUCAUUGUCGAGGGUGCCAACGAAAUGCGUAACGACAAGGAAGUCAUCAUCUAUGCCGUGGCAACAGGCCUGGCCAUGAUUCCUGCCUGUCUCGUGGUGGUCCUGACCAUUACUAUGGCGGUAGGAACCAAGCAAAUGGUUGAAAGAAAUGUCAUUGUUCGAAAGCUUGACUCUUUGGAAGCUCUCGGCGCUGUGUCUAACAUUUGCUCAGACAAAACUGGAACCCUUACUCAAGGGCGCAUGGUUGCCAAAAGGGCCUGGAUCCCGUCUAAGGGCACCUACUCCGUGGGAGCGUCGAGCGACCCAUUCAAUCCCUAUGAGGGUGAAUUAAGCUUGCUCUCUGACACACCCGUGAAGAUUGACCGUGAGACUCUCGGCAAACCGACCCAGCCAGAGGAGUUGUUGAAGGACAACAAAGUACUGGAAGAAUAUCUCAACGUUGCUUCUAUGGCUAACCUCGCCCACGUUCACAAGUCGGAUGCCGACGAGUGGCAAGCCCGUGGUGAGCCUACCGACAUUGCAAUUCAGGUUUUUGCAUCCCGGUUCAACUGGGGUCGCGAUCGCUGGACCAAAGGCGAGAAGCCUGUCUGGCGCCAGAAAGCUGAGUAUCCCUUCGAUUCGACCGUCAAGAAGAUGUCCGUUAUUUUCGCUAGCCAGGACCGGGAGGUGAUUUUUACCAAAGGUGCCGUGGAGCGUGUUAUUGAAUCCUGCACAUCCGUCAUCUGGACCCCUGGCUCUUCCCCUAUCCCUCUGGAUGAGAACAUCAAGGAAGAGAUCUUGCAGAAUAUGGAAGCGCUUGCUAAGGAAGGUCUUCGGGUUCUUUGCCUUGCCAGCCGGGAAAACCCCUUGCCCGUGAAGGGCGAGGAAGUGCCUCCUCGUGAGGAAAUCGAAAAGGAACUUACUUUCUGCGGAUUGGUCGGUCUCUAUGACCCCCCUCGCCCUGAAACUGCCGGUGCCAUUGAAGAGUGCUACCGUGCUGGAAUCUCCGUCCACAUGGUAACUGGUGACCAUCCCGGUACUGCGCGCGCGAUCGCUGCCCAGGUGGGCAUUAUCCCCACGGACAUGCACCGUCUGUCCAAGGAUGUGGCAGAUGCCAUGGUCAUGACUGCCAGCCAGUUUGACAAGCUGACCGAAGACGAAAUUGAUGAUCUGCCCACUCUCCCGCUGGUUAUUGCUCGUUGUGCCCCCAACACCAAGGUCCGUAUGAUCGACGCGUUGCACCGCCGAGGAAAGUACGCGGCGAUGACCGGUGAUGGCGUAAAUGACUCGCCGUCGUUGAAGCGCGCCGACGUUGGUAUUGCCAUGGGUCAAGCUGGAUCCGAUGUAGCCAAGGAUGCUUCCGAGCUGGUUUUGACUGACGAUAACUUCGCUUCUAUCAUCAAUGGAAUUGAGGAGGGUCGUCGCAUUUUCGAUAACAUUCAGAAAUUCGUCCUGCAUUUGCUGGCGGAGAACGUUGGACUGGCCCUCACCCUGCUCAUUGGUCUUGCAUUCAAGGAUGGAAACGGACAAUCGGUCUUCCCCAUUGCUCCCGUAGAAAUCUUGUGGAUCAUCAUGAUCACGUCUGGUCUUCCUGACAUGGGACUUGGAAUGGAAAUCGCUGCGCCGGAUAUCAUGAACCGCCCACCUCAGAGUAAACAAGGUAUCUUCACCUGGGAAGUCAUCGUGGACACCCUCGUUUACGGCGUUUGGAUGGCGGCUCUUUGCCUGGCCUCUUUCUCCCUCGUGAUGUUCGGUUGGGGCGACGGCGACCUCGCUAGCGGUUGCAACAGCAACGCCUCGGACGAAUGUACCACAGUGUACCGCGCUCGUGCCACCACCUUCGUCUGCAUGACCUGGUUCGCGCUCUUCCUCGCCUGGGAGCAGAUCGACAUGCGUCGUAGUUUCUUCCGUAUGCAGCCCGACUCGACCCGCUACUUCACGCAGUGGAUGUUCGAUGUGUGGCGCAACAAGUUCCUCUUCUGCGGUAUCAUGAUCGGUUUCGUGACCACCUUCCCCAUCCUCUAUAUCCCCGUCAUCAACACCAUCGUCUUCAAACACAAGCCCAUCUCCUGGGAAUGGGGCGUCGUGAUUGUGGAAGCCAUCCUGUUCUUUCUCGGCGUGGAGAGUUGGAAGUGGGCUAAGCGGAUUUAUUUCCGACGCCAGGACCGGCUUGGAAAGGGCAAGAGCGAGCGAAAAUUGCCCGGUGAUUUCAGCCGCUAUCCCACGAUGAGCCGAUCCGAUACUCAAGCCACGGAUAUGAAGGUUGAGCAGUCCAUGGUUUAA